UUUUAAGGCAAACCGUUUCAUUUCCUGUGUGUGUUUAUGUAAAUGUUUUUGGCUUUACACAACCUCAUCAACCGAGGCCACUUCUUCUGAACGGUAACCGAGGGAGAUCUGCGCACUGCGGCUGCUUCUCUGCCGUUCCCCGGGAGGUAGAACCGGCCUGGAGAUAUCUGUCCUUCAGGGAGGAUUACAACCAGCCGAGCUGUCCUUUGUUCCCCAACAAAGAUAAUGUUCCUGAAACACACCUGAGUUGCACAAGAGCUGCCAUAUCUGAAGAAGACUGAGGGUGAAGGACGAAACAAACUGAUGAUAACUGUGUGUGUGAGCGGGAUGGAGGGUGCGUCAGGGUGUGUGUGAGCCAUGGCGUCCACGUUGUCCCGGCUGCAGUUCGGCCGGAUGCGUGGUCUUCGUGCUAAACUGCUGAGGCGUUAUGAACACCAGCCUUUAGUGACCUGCCUGGCCGGCCUGUACGGCUGCCGGUGGAGACGCUACGAGAGGAGCCGCACUCAGCCCGGAGACUGCUGCUGCAACAAGUUGGAAGGUGCCAGCUUCGCUCUGCUCGUGGCGGCUUUCUGCUUAACUCUGGUGUUUCUCUACUUCUGGGGACAAGCAAAGAACGACUACAAUGACUUUGACUGGUUUAACUUCGGGAACCUGGGCUUCUGGUUCCCGUGGUCUGUGGUGCUGCUGGUCAUCGCCGCCGGCUUCUUCACCUACAUCACUGUGCUCAUGCUGCUGGCUGUGUGUCUGCUGUCCGAGGGCCAGAAGCUCUAUCUACACUGGAGUCACAAGAUUGGGAUCCUGGUGAGCUUGACUUUCUCCAUCGUAGCCACCGCCGUCUUGUCCGACCUGUGGAGUAAAGAGUGGAAGACGUUACUUCUUUCCUUCCAGGUGACAGCACCUUACUUGCAUGUGGGUGGAGUCUUACUGAUGACGGCGCUGGCUUGGCCGGUAGCUUUGCAUUUCUUUCGCAUGAACAGCAGAGCGAGGCGCGGUCUGAUCAUGGGGGUGUACCUGACCAUCCUGUUCGCCCUCUACUUGGUGCCCCUCGGUUUGUAUUCUCCUUGUAUCAAAGAGGAGCGGACCCUGGGCCCCGCACCCGCCCUGAUCGGCCACAGAGGAGCACCCAUGCUCGCUCCAGAAAACACACUGAUGUCUUUUGAGAAGGCGGUGGAAGCUGGAAGUAAAGGUCUGGAGACGGACGUCACUAUCAGUUUUGAUGGGGUGCCCUUCCUGAUGCAUGACCGCACCCUCCGACGGACCACCAACGUCCACGAGGUUUUCCCCAACCGGACCGACGCCCCGGCCGCCAUGUUCACCUGGGCCGAACUCGAGAGCCUGAACGCCGGCGCCUGGUUCCUCUCCCACAAUCCGUUCGGUACAGCCGGCUCUCUGGGAGCAGAGGAGCGACAGCGGGCGGGAAACCAGUCGGUCUGCAGCCUGCAGGCCUUCCUCCAGCUGGCAGCUAAGACAGACAAACUGGUGAUCUUUGACCUCUACCGCCCACCCAGAGGUCACCCGUACAGAGACACCUGGAUCCAACGCACGCUGGAGGUCAUCCAGAACGAGUCCUCCAUCCAUUCCUCACAGGUGCUGUGGCUGCCAUCAGAUCUCAGGGCUCUGGUGCAGGAAAUAGAUCCCGAGCUGCAGCAGACGUCUGGAAGUCGGCUCCCUCUAGAGGAGCUGCAGAGUAACAACAUCGUCAAACUGAACCUGCACUACAGCUCCAUGUCCGCUGAGCUCGUCAGGGAGUACGAGGCUGUGAACAUCACCACCAACCUGUAUGUGAUCAGCCAGCCGUGGCUCUACUCUCUGGCCUGGUGCAGCGGCGUCCACUCGGUCACCACCAACUCCCCCCAGCUGCUCAGCACCAUGAGCUCCCCCCUCUUCCUCAUGAGUCCAGAUGAAUACAACCUGAUGUGGAUUCUCACCGAUCUGCUGACCCUCGUGCUGAUCCUCAUCGUCUUCACUUUCCACUGGUGGCGAGAGCGAGGGCUGGCGUUCUCCUCGGGCAGCAAAAUCACACUGGACAACGGCACUUACAGCAAGUUCAAGACAGAGAUGAGCGACAUAUGGUCAGUCACCAGCGCUAACUCGCAAGCAGAGAGGACGCCAAACCUGGCAACCGUCACCGAGCACUGACCGACAUCUGCCUCUGAGAGGAGCCGACCUGGCAACACUGAGCCGCAUACUGCCAACCUGUAAGAUCUCAGUCCACUUUGUUUUAAUGAAGUAAAGUGAUGGAAACAUUCCUUCACUCUCUUAGUAGCUGUUUUAUCAGCACUCUGCACAAAAAUCUAAUCUUCUUGUCAGGUUGAAUGUUUAAAUGAUUUUAAAAAGUUUAGUUUAUUUUGAGCUGAUGAAAGCUUUAAGAAGAAUAUUCGAGUGACCUACCAACUCCUGUGAAGCUCAUUAAUUAACAUGUUUUAUCUCGUUUGUUUGAUCCCUGCAUAAAAACCAAAGUGUAAUAAUGAUGAUGUGGUUUGAUGGCGGUCAUGUGCCAAAUGUACAGACACAUAAGAUUAGAGUGACAUGAUUUGUUUUUAAAUUUAUGUCACCACUGAGAGCCAAUGAGAGGAUCUGUCUGGAGGUGUGUUCAGUUCAGUCACGGUGAAGAUCCGCUGAAACGUUUCAUUUUCUUUGAAGAUCCUCCAGGAUUACAGAAAGAGAAAAGCAAGACGUUGUGGAAACUGUGGAAACUUCUUGUUUACACCGUAUUUGCUUCCAGCGGGUUUUUACCGUGAGAAAGCAGUAAAGUGAAUUUCCUCCUCUGACCGCUGGACCAUUUGUCUUUAUCCCCCCCCCCCCAGCUCGUGUACCAUCUGCACAGAUCUUAUCUGUGUCAUUACUUUUACCUCUGCCUCCGACUGAACUUAUAACGUCCUGGUAAACAUGUGAAUAUUCGCUCAGGUUUUACAUUAUGAACGUCUGAACCUCCGAUCUCUCUGCCUUGAUCCAAUUUGAUCUCUCCAUUGACUUUAUAUGAAAUCACUCCGCUUCUGAAAUUGGCUUCGCAGUCUGUCUGAACACACUGAUUUAAGUGUAAUGUGGCAUAUCAGAAUGAAAAGAGUAUUUUUAUUGAGACAUUUCCGAGAACCACAGUCCCCAGGCGCAGCAGAGCAUUAAAGAGGAAUAAAUCUGUUCUUUGCAAAAUGUCAUUUUAUUCACGUCUACAUCAGGAUAUGUGGUCACAAGAUGGAUGAAACAAUUUCUCCUUAAUAAACAUGGUCCAAAAAAGUGUCAUGAUUAUUUCUUUGUGCUUAAAAAUCAAAGCUAAUGGUUCAUAUAUUUAGAAAAAAAACAGACAAAUGAGAGUAAAAUCAUUCACCGGCUACAGUAUGAGUACAACGGACAUGUUCUAGAAACAGUCUAACUACCGUGGAUCACCUCAUACAGACAGGUGGUGUUUGAACUUUGUGGCACACGUAUGGUCUGUUUCCUUGCACAUGCGUAACUAACAAUGCAAUACAAAAAAAAAAUAAAAUAAAAAUCACCAGCCCUCUGCAGCAAGUUUUAAAUCCAGAUUUGAGUGUGUCCAAGUUUGAAAUUGGCAAAAGGACCAAAACAAAAUAUCAGAUGAGUCUGAAGGGUCAUUUGUGAGUGACAGGUUACCUUUGGUGUGGUUUAUAUUUUAUAUUUGAAAGAGAGAUUUCAAUCUAAAACACAUUCAGAAGUGACUCUAUGUUUGAAACUGGCUUGGUAAACUUAAAAACGACUCUGAACAUAAAUACGGAUGCAAUGGAAAAAUAAAGCUACUUACAAGACAAAUAAUCAACAAGCAACAAGAGAGAUUUCAUCUUUUUUAUCUAGGAUUUUGGUCGUGGCUGUCAUCGGUCUGCAGCUGUUUCAGGCCCAGCUACUUUUUUUAUUCAAUGGUUGGAGAUCAAGGCCUGUAUUUAUCAAGCGGUCAGUUUGAUUGAUUACUGCAGAGGUUAUUGGUUGUGAUCAUCACCGUUUCAAAGCUGCAAUUUUUAAAAUAAGCGUAUAGCUGUAGAUACCAAUCAACAUGUCGGUCUGACCUCCGUCUGCUGCAGCUUGUACAGGUGACCUCACCUCUCUAGUUCUCCUAAAUACCAGCAGGUAACGUGACCACGAACGCCUCACCGAGAAGUUUCUACUCCGGAGAUUCUCGAUAAAUUCAGGCCCAGAUUUCCAAUCUAUUUAUUUUUGUACCGUUUUAUUGUCUUAACAUAGUUGCAACGAAAAGCUCAUUAAACAAAAACUUCACAGCACAGAGAUGAUGAACUGAGAAACUUCUGGUUCUAUAAACGCAGACUACUGGAGCCGUAGAGUGAGACACUGUGAGCAGCGAUUUACUUUAAGCUUAGAAAAGCUCCAGAUUGACGUGUGACGUGUGACGUGUUGGGAAAAGGUCAUUUAAAGGCAAUGGGUGAGUUUUAAGACAGGGCCGAUACAUAAUAACAUCAAUGAAAACGUUGGCAGUACAGUGUCACAGUUCACCAUCAGUCGUCUGUCUUAAUAAACCCUCAGUGGGACAAUAAGUGUGUUUACAUGUAUUCACACUGUGUGUAUGUGGACAGCUCUGUGUGUGUGUGUGUG